AAACGACUUUUUAGGUUUCAGGUUGGAUUUAUUUCAUGUAGUGUAGUGUGGGUUAUUGGAUCUGACGUAUGAACAAGAAUUCAUUACAAGGAUGCAAUCCGACGAUAAGCUGCCCGAAGAUGAGGAAGAAAUGCUUGUUUACGUAGAAUUCGAGGGGCUUGUCGGUAGUAAUGUGUUUAAUAAUGAAGAACUACAAUUAGAUAUGAUUGGAAUAGACACGGAGCAUCCUAUAAUGCAAAUUGAUGGACGGUUUUACGAGGGAUCUUAUGAAGACACCGUGGGUACCUAUAUGUUCUUUGAGAAGGAUGACAAUCCACACGUGGAUGAUGUUGUAUUCGAUAAAGUGCCGACUCUAAAAUAUUUUGCUAAAACCAGAAAGGUACUGAAGAUGCAGAGAGUUUUUACGAAACCAAGAGCCGAGAUUUUUGGUGAUCCUGAACACGAUAGUUGUAUUCCGAAUACCGAUACUUUAUCACAAGCUGGAGUGCCUCCAAAAUAUCAAGAAGAAGCUCUCCAAUAUUGGAAUAAGAUACGUGACGAUAAACUGGAAGAAUUAAGUACAUGUUUGGAGAAACAAAAAAUUAGAGAAGAAAAAGAAAUCCAAAGGCAUAUUAGUGUUCUUAUGCCAUAAAUAUUAUGCAUAUCCAGAAAAUGAAGCUGAUACAACUCAAAAACAAUAUUAAUGCUUUAAACACUGAGAUAAGAAAAGUCACGUUAGUUAUAUACAAAUGAUUUUUUUACAAAUAAUUAUAAUUGCAUGUAAUCAUAAAUAAUGAAAUUCAAGAGCAAAUAAUUAAUAGACAAAUUUUACAUACUACUGCACACAUCACAUUAUCAUUGUCUCAUGAGAAUGUUCUCUGGUAGGAAAAAUUGCUCAAUUUCUAUUUGAUGAAGAUAUAAUAUAUUUUUAUAUGUAAUGGUAUAUAUAAUUUGUAUUACAUAGAUAAUAUUCAGUUGUCAUGUAUAAUACCAAGUUCCAUAUUCACUAAUACUAAUAUUGAUCAACUAUUAAUAUUAUACAGCUACAUUCAAAAUGUUGUGGAAAUAUAUAUUUAUAUACGUUUGUGUUUGAAUUAUCUGUAUCAAAUGUCAGAGAUGAGUAAAUUUAUUUUUACGAAAUAUAUAAUGACUUCAUAUAUAUAUAUAGCUAUAUAAUUUUUAUUGUAGCUAUUUUACAAAUGUAGAUCUGUUAUUGAAUCCACGCAAAUUUUCCAAUCGAAUUUAACAUUUUAUAAAAUAAUAUCUAUAUGAAGUAAUAUUUAGGUACGUACCUCAUACAUCUAUAAUAACAUGAUACUUUAUCAAUUGAUAUGACUUCAUGAAAUAUAUAUAGAUUCAUUAUUCAUGUAUUAAAAUGCACAACGAUAUAAAUUAUAUUUCCAAUUAUAAUAAAAUAAAAUAUUCGAUAUUAAUAUAUAAGUAAUAUUAGUUUCAUAUCAUUCUGUCAUUUUAUAUAUUGUCAAUUUUCGCCUUUCUUAUUUUUAUUUUACUAAUAUUCUAUAAACAGCUCAAAAUAGACUUGAUUAUAGAUACACUAUUAAUUUCUAUAUUGCAUGCAAAGCAGAUAUUAAUUAUUACUUAAUUGAUUUGAAUCUGCUUAAACUGAAUAGAUUCAGGAAGAGAAUUGAUUAUCGCUUUCUAAUUUUUUUCCUUUCUAUUUUUCUAUCCAAAAUGCUUAUUUUAUUUUUAAUAUAAAGUAUAGCAUACUGCAAUAAAAAAGAACAAAUCUCAGAUAUUAUUGUCAUGUGUAUACACUACACUUAAGAAAUUAUUUUUUCUUCAUACGCUCAUCUUUUAAUUAUACAUAUAUAUUUAUAUAUUGUGCAUGAUAUAAUGUAUAAUUGUGAAAUACUGAAUUGAACCCAAAUAUGUAAUUUAUUUUUACGAAAUAUAUAAUGACUUCAUAUAUA